UUACGAGGCAAGAAAAGCACAUAAGAGCAGACAGAUAAAAGUUGGCGAACAAACCUAAAGAAAAAGAAAAGGACACAUGAGAGGGGCCAGGCGGCCAACCUCAAGCAGCUAAGCUAAGAUUAGUAUAUGCCUUCAUUCUGUAAUUACCUUUCCUUUUUGUCUUAAUUUCCAUGAUUUCAUCUUCUUGACGGGAACUGGAAUUUCCCAUGAUUUAUCCAAAGAAGAAGAUGAUGAUGAUGAUGAUGAUUCCAUCCACAUUGUUAAUACAUUUCCUCCUCAUUGCCUCCAUUGCCCUCUUCUCUGCCCCCACCGUCCGAUCAGAUGCCAAUCCAAUCCGAUUACCAACCCUAGACCACAACAACAACAACGAUGAUGAUGAUGAUGCGUGCGGAGAAUGGAGCAGAAGAUCCCCUGUCUCCUCCUGCCCUGUUAAGUGCUUCCGGCCAGACCCAGUUUGUGGCGUGGACGGUGUGACUUACUGGUGUGGAUGUGAUGAUGCACGAUGCGCAGGGACAAAGGUGACCAAGAAGGGUUUCUGUGAGGUUGGAAAUAAUGGGGCUGCUGCUCAAGCUCUGCUUCUUGUUCAUAUUGUUUGGCUCAUUGUUCUUGGUUUCUCCAUCUUGUUUGGAUUAUUUUGAUUCCAAUUCUCGUCUCCUCUUUCUGCUUCUUUUUGUAUAUCUGCACUUGCUCCAUGUUUGAAUAUGAGAGACAGAGCUUUGAGGUGGGUUUUCCCGGCCACUGUAUCGUUUUUUCUCGCCUUUUCUUUUUCUGUGAACAUAUAAUAGGAGUUAAUACACAUUAAUGGCAUGCAUGAACUCAACUCAACUAUUAUAUUUUUCA